UCAUUUUUGGUCUUCGGAGUGGACUUCAAUAGUCAUCCCUAAUGGUGUAUAGUAGUACCCUUAAAAAGGAUCGGAGUGGGUGAUCCAUGCAUUAUAUAUACGUACAGCGCCAAGUAAUUAAUUAAGGUUAUCGAUCUAGAGGAGAUCCAGCACCAAUACAUAAGCAAUAAAAAAGAAGAUAUAUGUAAAGAAAAGGAGUUCGAUCGGGAAGCAUUAAUUAAUGGCGAAUGAGAAGAGCAAGAUUCUGAUAUUUGGGGGAACUGGGUACAUAGGGAACUACCUGGCCAGGGCAAGCUGCUUGUUGGGCCAUCCAACUUAUGUCUAUGCUCGUCCUCUCACCCCACAAACCACUCCAUCCAAACUGGAGCUCCACAAGCAGUUGCAUUCCAUGGGCGCUACCUUUGUCCUGGGAGAGCUGGAGGAGCAUGAGAAGAUUGUGUCGGCAGUUCGGGAGGUGGACAUAGUUAUCUCUGCACUGGCAUACCCUCAAGUUCUUGACCAACUCAAAAUCAUAGAUGCCAUCAAAGUUGCUGGUAAUAUCAAGAGGUUCCUUCCAUCAGAUUUUGGGGUGGAAGAGGAUAGGGUAACCCCCCUACCCCCCUUCGAAGCAUUCCUUGAUAAAAAGAGAAAGAUCAGGAGGGCUGCUGAAGCAGCUGGGAUUCCUUACACUUUCGUGUCUGCAAAUUGCUGUGCUUCAUACUUUCUUAGUCACUUGCUUCAUCCCCAUGAGAAAGGAGACGACAUUGCCGUCUAUGGAAGUGGUGAAGCAAAGGCGGUGCUAAAUUACGAAGAGGAUAUCGCUACGUACACAAUCAAAGUGGCUAAUGACCCAAGAACAUGCAACCGUGUUGUCAUUUUUCGACCCCCAAAAAACAUCUUGUCACAACUGGAGCUGAUAUCGCUUUGGGAGAAGAAGACCGGUCGAAGUUUCAAUAAGGUUUAUGUCUCGGAGGAAGAAAUAGUGAAGCUUUCUGAGACCCUACCAACUGCAGAGGCCAUACCCAUUUCUAUUCUUCAUAGCAUAUUUAUCAAAGGCCAGAUGGCGUUUGAACUGAGAGAGGACGACCUCGAAGCUUCAAGGCUUUAUCCAGAGCUUGAAUACACAACCGUUGAUAAACUUCUUGAUAUUUUUCUUGUUAAUCCCCCGAAGCCCACAAUGGGUUCGUUUGAAUGAGUUUUCGGUUACUUUAAAGAAAAGAGAGAGAGAAGGAAUAAGUUCUUCUUUGACUGUGGUGACCAAUUCGCCUUCUAAGGCAUAUAUAUAGUUAUAGUUCAAACUGAACAUUCCACAUAGGGUGAGAAUUCCAAUUGUCACGUUUAAGGAGGGUAAUUAUAUUGGUCCCCAUUCUCGCCCUUUUAUUAAAGAAAAAUAAAAGAAAAAGAAAAAAAAGAAGAAGAAGUUCUCCUUGGAGUUGUUUGUUGUUGAACACAAAGAGUUCACUUUUCAUUUAUCGUUUCUUAAUUAGUAGAAUUAUGAAGCUAUGUGUGUUAUUAUAUUUUAAGGAGAAAUGCUCCCAUGGUCCUAA